AUGAGGCGGUCCGUGGCGUCGAUGGUGGUGGCGCAGGUGGCGCCGGGGCCCCUGCUGCGGCGCCACGGCUCGGCGGCGCCCCCAUGGCUGUCGUCGUCGUCGUCCUUCGCCUCGCCGCCGCCGGCGAGUUCCGGAUGCAGGAGGCAGGAGCAGGACUAUUCUCAUAGCUCAGAUGUGGCAGUUCGAGGAAGCAGUGGUUUCAAGCUUCAAUUCUAUCCCAAAUUAAACGUGAGGAAUAUUACACAAGAAUGGGUUCAAGAGACCUUGAUGCUGUUCUAUCUCAAAACUGCCAACAAUGUCACAAAUAACAUCUAUAUGGGAAGCACUCUAUUGGCUGGAAAUGUACAAGAUGGUCUCUCUGAAGAUCGCAGGGGUUUGAACUACCCUUACUUGCAGAACCUGAGAGAUCGUGUAUCAUCCAAAUCAAUGAAUAGACGUGUGCCAGCUCCAAUAAGUGUUGUUAAUGAUAGUCCCAAGUGUUUGAGCAUGCCUAGAGCCUCUAAGGUGGAGAUUCCUUGGCGUGACUAUGCACCAGCAGAGGAUCCUUUGCUUGAUAAACCUAAUACAGAGGUAAUUUUGGAGCUUGAUGAUGAAGUUCAUGAUGGUGAUGACAACAAGGAGAAGAAACUUGUGGUAAAAAAGGUGGUUUCACCUUUGCCAACUAAAGCAGCCUUCUCUGAGGAAUCUUUAAAAGCACGGAAGGCACUUGCUAGCAUCUACGACAAAGUUUUGGUAGUUGACAAUAUCGAGUCAGCUAGGAGCAUUGUUAAACUGCUCACUACAAAGUACAAGAGCUUUAUUCAUGCAUGUCACACAGAGGUAGCAGAUAUUGAUGCCAAAGAAAAGACACCAGUUGGUCAUGGAGAAGUAAUAUGCUUUAGCAUCUAUUCAGCAAAUUCUGAUGUACAGGCAGCUGAUUUUGGACAUGGCAAAACUUGCAUUUGGGUUGAUGUUCUAGAUGGUGGAAGGGGUGUCCUGAUGGAGUUUGCUCCUUUCUUUGAAGAUCCAUCCAUCAAGAAGGUGCAUGAUGAAUUGAUACUGGAAGGGCCUUCAGAAUCUGCUGAGGUGGCCAAGGCUAUAGUGGUGGAGUGUAUGUCCAAACCUUUCUACGGAACCAACAUUUUGAAAGUCGACCUGGCUGUUGAUGCCAAGUGUGCAAAGAGCUGGUGUGCUGCCAAAUAG